AUGGACCCUUCUCUGUCCCAACCGACAGAGAAGAACAAAGGGAGACCAAAAAAGAGCAAGAAAGACAAGAAGGAAAGGAAGGAAAGGAAGAAGAAUGAAAAGGAGAAACAAACCGUAUCUAUCGACUUGACGAGCCCAGCUCGGGCGCGGGCUCAUACUCCUCCUGGUCCUGACGCUGCUCAAACCCCAACACGAGUUCCUUCACAACACAGCGGUAAAAGAGGUCGUUAUACCACACGACGAGAGGAAGCACAGCCCCAAGUGAGUAAGAAUAACCACACAUACAACUCGAAGCCACUUCCAUUCUUCUCCAGCAACGACUCGACGGGCCCGCCCAGUGCAGGUCCUCCCGGCACAGGAACAAACCGCCUACGUGCUAAGUCAGCCGCUGCUGUCCCAGACCGAUCUCGGACAAACGACACUGAGAGAUCAACAUACAGUCAUGAUUGCAAGAUCAAGGCAUUGGAGACCUGCUUGUCUCUGAAGGACCGCUACCUCGACAUGCCGCCAGCCGUGCAGACAGACCAAGAGCCCUUUUGGACUCAGGCACGGGACUCGCUGGAGCGCAAGCCCAUCACCCGAGGCAAAUUCAAAGACUGGCAAGCGGUUCAGAAGGGUAUCGAGUCUUGGUGUCAACCGAGACGAUCCAGCAUGCGUGAGGAACGAUUGCCUGCCGUAUCACAAUCCCACCCCGAACUGGAUGAACUCGUCGACCAAUGGAACCUCGUCUUUGCGCAACGAUUCUGCAAGAUACACAUGGGAUACUUUACUGCGGCCUUGCGCGAACCCGUCAAUUCUACGACCCCACCCAGUCAGGCAGCUCCUCCAGGUCUCCAGAGGCCUAUGUCAUCUCUGGGACCGACCCAGCAGGGACCAACUCUUCGGGGAACCCCUCCAUUCCUUUCACUGCCAGCUCGGCCUUCAGAGAAGAGUUGGGAGGUAUCUUCGGGGAAGAGAAAAGAUCUGGACCUCCCAACGCGCAGUCAUGCGAGGACGAACUCUCGAGGUUCAGGGGCGAGCUUCAAGGACGACAACAACCCAAAAGCGUCGUCGCAUGACCAGGCAAAGCGGCCACGAUACGAAAGUCAUUUUUCAGACCUGCCUCCUGCUACCAACUUCGCACUCGGCGGCAGAGACAUCCAUGGUACGCGCACGCCAUCUUCUCAACGAUCCCGGCCCCGAUCACCUCAACGGCCGAAGACAAGCUACGGGCCCAUUGAAACACAAGUACACCGGUCUCGAGGCAAUGACAGGAUACCUACCAUGACAACAUGCCCAACAGGACCCGACCCAACUACCGAGCCACGAACCGACCUCCCUCGACGCCCAGCUGGUAGUCAGACUCCGGGCGACUAUUAA